CAAUGGAUCCGCUGAAUUAGGAGAUUGUUUAAGUUUCGUAAUUAGAUUAAUGCUAGCGUUUAGCUAAUGCUACAGCGCAAUGAACUGACCUCACAGCACAGCAGUACAGAGUGUGAUGGGACUAUCAGAGAUAUGACACUGGCUGUAGAGCUCCGGUCAGAUCACGAUUUGGAUUAUUCUUCUUCUUCACAGAGGAUCAUUCAAAGUAUCUAAAUAUCAUCAAAUCAAAUCAAAGUAUUUAAACAGGUGAAAACUCUCUCAGUCUGGUGAUGUUGAGCAGUGUAGUCUGUUAUACUGUCUGUACAACUUCACCACAACAAGACUUUUAACAGACUGAAGUCUGACUCCCUCCCACAUCUAAAGACAAAUCACAGCUUUUUUCUCACAGGCUUUUUUACUUUGUUCUGAAGAGGGAGAACGUAACAUGAUCUCAUUUCUAGAACGUAAAAACACGAGAGUGGGUCGAGACGUCACUCUCUCUCUAAAGCAUAUACGUUCCAAACCGGCCUCACUGCUAAUAAUAUUACAUACGAAGGAAAAAGAAAACACUAUAUGUGAAAUGCUGACGUUAUUAUUCACUAAGCGUAUAGCUACAUUUCCAGGGAAACUAAUAAGAAGUGAUGAUAUUUAAGGUGGAAUGGAAAAUUCAGGGAAAAUGUUAAUUCAUUAGCUAGAGAGAGCUGAUGUAAAAUGACCAAAAACAACAUUUCGUUCAGAUAGCUGGUUUACAGGCUUUAGUAACAUUUAGUUAAGAGUUGAUGAAAUUGUGGGUAACAGCUUUUGUAAAACUGCAGCAGGUCUUGGAGCUGCUGCUCUGAAUCUGCUGGUGUAGAGCUUAUGCUGCUCUCUGGCUCUGCAGAUGAAGUUGGGCUUCGACUCGAUGCUGUGAUACGCCACCGUGUACGCAAUAUUGAUUGAAAUCAGUUAAGCCAUUGAUGUGGAGCUGCAGUUUUUCUGGAAGUUAAAAUAUUCUACUGAUUCAUCAUCAACAACCAGGAUAUUUAACUAAGAGCAAUGUUAAACUGCUGAAACAGGUGAAGCAAAAGCCAUCCAGAAGAAUCUCCAGAACACACAAAUUAUUUGCUACAUUUAAAAGACUAAUAAAGCCAAGUCCCGACAUGGAGAAACAUCAGCACUCUGUCAAGAGUUUUACUCAACCGAGUGAUCUCAAAAAACACCAACGCAUUCACACAGGAGAGAAACCGUAUCACUGCUCAGACUGUGGAAAGAGUUUUUAUCAACGGAGUGAUCUCAAAAAACACCAGCGCAUUCACACAGGAGAGAAACCGUAUCACUGCUCAGACUGUGGGAAGAGAUUUAAUCAACAGAGUCAUUUCAAAAUACACCAACGCAUUCACACAGGAGAGAAACCGUAUCACUGCUCAGACUGCGGGAAUAGUUUUACUAAACUGAGUAAUCUCAAAAUACACCAGCACAUUCACACAGGAGAGAAACUGUAUCACUGCUCAGACUGUGGAAAUAGUUUUACUAAACUGAGUAAUCUCAAAAUACACCAGCGCAUUCACACAGGAGAAAAACCCUAUCACUGCUCAGACUGUGGGAAGAGUUUUAAUCAACAGAGUAUUCUUAAAAAUCAUCAGCGCAUUCACACAGGAGAGAAACCGUAUCACUGCUCAGACUGUGGGAAGUGUUUUAUUACACAGAGUAAUCUCAAAAAUCACCAGCGCAUUCACACAGGAGAGAGACCAUAUUACUGUUCAGACUGUGGGAAGAAUUUUAAUAAACAGGGUAAUCUUAAAAAUCACCAGCGCAUUCACACAGGAGAGAAACCGUAUCACUGCUCAGACUGUGGGAAGUGUUUUAUUACACAGAGUGAUCUCAAAAAACACCAGCGAAUUCACACAGGAGAGAGACCAUAUUACUGUUCAGACUGUGGGAAGAAUUUUAAUAAACAGGGUAAUCUUAAAAAUCACCAGCGAAUUCACACAAGAUAGAAACCGCAUCACUGCUCAGACUGUGGGAAGGGUUUUAAGCAGGAGUCAUCUCACACUGGGUGCAUUUACAUGCAGCCUAAUAAUCUGGCUCAAUCAGAAUAGAGCAUGUCCAUGUAAACACCUCAAUGGAGUAGUCUGAUUGAGGCCAUUCCGAAUUCAAUUUCUGUCUGAUUGAAUGAGGUGGAUAAUCAGAUACAAAGAUGAACAACCACCUUGUAAACACCUGUACCCAAUUACAUUCCCAAUUUGAAUGUUUAAGUUUGCGCAUGUGCCACAGCAUUUUAGGGCCACUCUUAAAAAUAAAAACAGUUUGCUUCGAGAUUAAAGUCCUAAUAUUAGGAGAGGAGAUAUAUUUGUAUUAUUUUAGAUAAAUUUAAUUCUUACUGCUUAAGCUGUAGUUUAGGAGCAGAGCAGAGAACUCAGGCUGUUACAUAAUACCCAUCAGUUAUCUUCAUGUAAGAUGCUGAUUAUUAAUGCUGUUUCACUUACUGUAUAUAAUACAGUGUCCAGAUUUUCCCGUGGUAGCCUCCCAGAAGAGCGUGCGCUCCUGCGCAGGUGAGGUGAGCGAGAUUAAAAACUGUCUUGUAGAGAAACAGGAGAUGAGGAAUAUCUGAGAAGCAGCAGUAAUUUUACCUGUGAGUAACUCAUACACCAGAACAGCCCACGCUGCAGGAUAAACUGAUAAAUCUGAUCAUUUCGGUGGUAAUCAUGACACCCCUAUUAGAUAUCAUAUUUCGCUUGUUUUAUCUCCAAAGUUACUAAGAAUAUCCAAUUCAUUUAGUUAAUUGAUUGUUUUUAUCCAGUACCAACUAUUAUCUUUGUAUUGCUUCACCUCUAUAUUUACUCAUGUGUGUGUUUCAAUAAAAGGCUUUUAUAUUGCAA